AUGGCACCAAAUUCAGUUACAAUUUCAACUGACAAAGCCAAUGAUUUCACUUUGUUACAAGUUCAUGAUUUGGAUUCUCCAAUCUUUCAAGAGAAGCAAAAAAAAUCAGCAAGUACAAAACAGUUUACUUGGGUUAUUCUCCUUAAACUCCACAAAGUUCUCACAUGUUUGACAUGGUUGACAACUGGUCUCAAAUCAAUGGUUUCUUUGGUGAAGAAGAGAGUUUCAUUGUCUGAUAUAGGUGACGAGAAUCCGAAGAACACGACGAGGUUAUACAGAUUCAUCAAGUUUUUUCUUGCUCUUUCAAUUCUUGCUUUGGUUGUUGAAAUCAUUGCUCAUUUUAAUCAGUGGAAUUUGCUUGUGAUUCAACCUUGGGAGGUGAAGAGUCUCUUGCAAUGGUUUUAUCUUGGUUGGUUGUCUUUUAGAGAGAAUUAUGUUGGUCCUUUGGUUUUGCUUGUUUCGAAAUUUUGUAUUGUGUUGUUCUUGAUUCAGUCUUUGGAUCGACUUGUUCUUUGUGUUGGAUGCUUUUGGAUCAAGUAUAAGAAGUUGAAACCUGUGAUUGAUGAUGAUGCUUAUGAUGUUGAGGAUCCUUCAAGCUUCCCUAUGGUUCUUGUUCAGAUUCCAAUGUGUAAUGAAAGAGAGGUUUAUUCACAAUCAAUUGGUGCUGCUUGUGAACUUGAUUGGCCAAAAGACAGAAUACUAGUUCAAGUCUUGGAUGAUUCAGAUGAUCCUAGUUUACAGAUGCUUAUCAAAGAGGAGGUUUUGUCUUGGAAAGAAAAAGGCGUCAACAUUGUUUAUCGACAUAGAUUGAUCAGAACUGGUUAUAAAGCUGGAAAUCUUAAGUCAGCUAUGUCAUGUGAUUAUGUCAAAGAUUAUGAAUUUGUUGCAAUAUUUGAUGCAGACUUUCAGCCAAAUCCCGAUUACCUCAAACAAACGAUUCCUCAUUUUAAGGGAAAACCUGACUUGGGAUUAGUUCAAGCAAGAUGGUCAUAUGUGAACAAAGACGAGAAUCUUCUGACGAGGCUUCAAAACAUCAACUUGUGUUUUCACUUUGAAGUUGAACAACAAGUGAAUGGUCAUUUCUUGAAUUUCUUUGGAUUCAAUGGAACGGCCGGUGUUUGGAGGAUCGAGGCUUUGGAAGAUUCAGGAGGGUGGUUGGAGAGGACAACAGUUGAGGACAUGGAUAUAGCAGUAAGGGCACAUUUGAAUGGAUGGAAAUUUAUAUAUCUUAAUGAUGUUAGAGUUCUUUGUGAAUUACCUGAAUCUUAUGAAGCUUAUAAGAAACAACAACAUAGGUGGCAUUCUGGUCCUAUGCAGCUUUUUAGGCUCUGUCUUCCUGCUGUCAUAACUUCAAAGAUAUCAAUUUGGAAGAAAGCAAAUCUAAUAUUUUUGUUCUUCUUAUUGAGGAAACUUAUACUUCCCUUCUACUCAUUCACCUUAUUCUGCAUCAUACUACCCUUAACAAUGUUCAUACCCGAAGCCGAGUUACCCCUUUGGGUAAUCUGUUACGUCCCUAUCGUCAUGUCAUUCAUAAACAUCCUUCCAUCACCAAAAUCCGUCCCUUUCCUCGUCCCAUAUCUUCUUUUCGAGAACACAAUGUCGGUUACAAAGUUCAACGCAAUGGUUUCUGGAUUAUUUCAACUCGGAAGUGCUUACGAAUGGGUUGUGACAAAGAAAACAGGUAGAUCAUCUGAGUCAGAUUUGUUUGCAUUAGCCGAAAGAGAAUCAAAGUCUUCAAACGAAGAGAAGCUUCAUAGAAGACAUUCAGAAUCUGGUUUGGAGUUAUUAGGAAAAAUUCAGAAAUCAGAAGUGAUUGUACAGAAGAAGAGAAACAAACUCUAUAGGAAAGAAUUAGCACUUGCUUUUCUCUUACUCACUGCUUCUGCUAGAAGCCUUUUAUCAGAGCAUGGUGUUCAUUUUUACUUUUUGCUUUUUCAAGGUUUGUCAUUUCUUGUAAUGGGUUUGGACUUGAUUGGUGAACAAGUUAGCUAA